AUCCAAGUGGGAGGAACCAUAUACAAACAUUUUGAUGUGAGAACAGAUAUCCCACCACCAGAAGAUCCAAAGGUCUCUUGGAGUUUCAAUUUUGCUCUGAGGAACGAAAUUGCACUCGUUUCCGUCAUGGCCUUGUUGACCCUUCUCUUUGUCUAUUUCUGUUAUCAAUUGUUUAAACAAUUUGGAUGGUCGAUUUAUAAGCGCAUUGGCGCCGAUAUAGAACAGCAAGAGAAAUACUUUGCCUUAUUAGGCAUUACCAAUCGAAAAUUCAUUGGCUAUGUGAUCCAUAUCAUCUUGACCGUCCUGUUGAUUCCUGGGUUAUUUUUAGCAAGAUUCGGUGUUAUUUCUGAGAAUAAGCAGGUCAUGCUGUGCUUCUUGUUCACUCAAGUGGUCAUGGUCUUGGACUUUCUUUUGAUUUUGGUGGACAGCGCAGGCUCAUGGGUUUUUUGGAAUUUAGCAGUUUGUUUGGCUAUUGUAUUAUGUGUGGCUACCAUUCUCUUGUCUGUCAUGGUCUCUCGUAACUUUGGAAAGGGAUUGAAACCCUAUAUGCAAAGGCUGUUUAUUGAUGAGAAUGAUAAGAAAGGGAGAGCGGAUCACAGCAACCAUGGAGCCUUACUACACAAGAAAGAGGAUUGGUUAAUAGAUGAAGAUGAGGAUUAUGUCAUGACGAGCACGCAAAACGCGACUAUCUUUCAUAAAGUGUGAAUAAGCAUGGCCUAUUUUUAUCACUCUGUGUUUCAAAACCAAGCCUAUUUAUUUAUCACAGUCCUAUUUGAUUACCCUUUUUACCUUGUCAUCUUUUUCUGUU